AUCGAGUUGAGGCUCAUGCACAUGGAGGGCAAGCAGCAUGGAUUUUCUCGAGAAGCCUCGCAAAACGACAUCACCAGAGUUUUGAAGAACAUGGAAGAUGACACGGAACUCUUUUCAUUUUACCCCGCUGGUCUUAAAGCUGUCAGAGACACAGCCAGGGCAUUCUGCGAAGUUGAAUCAGGCAUACCAGCCAGUGAAAGUGUCAUUCUUUUUGAAGGCCGACCGCUUCUGGACAGUAAAAAGGCUCUGAAGGCAUAUGGUAUUAAAGAGGGAGAUGUCCUUGUCCUUCAGCAAUUUCCAGGAUCAGCUGGAGAAGGCAGUGGCCAUACAGAUUUGCAGAGUCGUGGCUUCAGCAGAGGGGGUGGUGGAAGUGAUGCUAUGAGCAAUCCUUUGGCUGGCUUGGAUUUCUCCUCCAUACAAAUCCCUUCACGAUCUCAGUCUCAUCGUGGUCUUGAAGAGGAAGACCCAGCAGUGAUUCGAGACAUGUUUCUUGCAGACCCCACCCAACUUUCACUUUUGAAGCAGAACAACCCUCACUUGGCUGAUGCAUUGACAAGUGGUGAUCUAGAGUCCACUCAAACAAUGAUUGCUGAAGAAGAGGCAAGGAAAUAUAUGAGCCAGCUGUUUCAGGGCUCCAGGUCAAGUGAGGACUGUCAACUUAUGUGGAAAAAUCUCCUCCACCCAUCCAUCAACAAGAAAACUUGGACAGAAAGAGAAGAAGAUGUCCUUGUGCAACUAGCUGCAUCUGGAGAAGAUUGGGAUACAAUAGCAGAAUCUUUGCGGACAAACCGAACUGGAUUCCAAUGCUGUGUCCGGUUCCAGCGACUGAACAAGGCAAAGUCUCAAGCACCUUGGACUCCAGAAGAAUCCCAAAAGCUUCUUGAAGUGGUUGAGAUGUGUCGUUUCACCAGCCGGAAGAUACCAUGGUCAACUGUGGCUGCUUACAUGGAAGGGAGGACUCCAGAGCAACUUUGCAGGAAGUACAAAGAUCAAAUCCGUCAAGAGUGUGCAAAGGGAAAGUUCUCCCACUCAGAGGAUAUUGUGCUGAUGGCCUGUGUGGAGAAAUUCCGUACAAACUUUUCCCACAUGACAUCUUUCUUCCGGUCCCGUUCUGUCACUCAGCUGCAAGAGAGAUACAGACACUUGAGGUGCAGAGUUGGAAAGAGGGCAGCCUGGACCAGGAAGGAGGAUGAUCUCCUACUGGACUUGGUGAAUAACUCUGGUGUUGAUCCAAAUUGGGAUAUCAUUGCUGAUGAAUUGACCGGAAGGGAUGCUGUUCAGUGCCGGGGCCGCUUCUCAACUAUCUAUAAUCACCUGAAGAGAAUGCCAGUCCUGCCUCCUGGGAAUGAGCAGUUGGCUCCAACCCAGAAUUUAAUAGGUGGAUAUACCUUCGAUGAGCUGCGUAAAGAAGCCAGGGAACAUGUGGAAAAAGCAGAAGCAAUAGUCCAAGAAAAUGCCAGCCUGAAUGGCUUUGUGGUGACAGCAAAAGAUGUCAUUGAACAAGUCAUCAAGAGUCUGCCAAAUAUCAAGCCAAGGACAAAGAUUCCAAAGAGACCGACUGUACCAGCCAGGAGAGGGAAGGUAGAUGAAGAUCUGGAUUCAUUUUUUGCCACAUCAGCUAGGAGGAGCAUUGGGAGACCUCGCUACCUGACCAAUGAGGCUCUCACUGAACGAUUCAAGGUCUUUCGCCGGCUACUCAUUUCCCUUGGGCUCACUAAAUUCAUCAAACCAAAUAGUCUUGUGGAGAUAUUAGAACAUAGCCCCAUGGAAGUCUUGGAGGGUGUAAACUUUGACAUUAUCUCCAACAGUGAGCAACAGAGCAUUCCAAUGUCACAGUUCGCUGAGUGGUGGGUGAAGGAGUCUGGGGAGGAACCAGCAGUGAUCAACUCGGAGGGAACCUGGUUCCCUCUUCCGAUGACGCUUUCAUCUCUGUUGGCUUUCCGUGCCAUCCUUCUACACCGUCGACGCCUGAUCAAGUACAUUCAAGAGAGCAAACUCAGAGCUGCAAAUGAGUCCCGUCGAAAAUCCAGACCAGAUGCAUCACAGAUCCCAGAUGUCCCAGUCAUGACCCAGGGACAUGCAUUGAAGUUAGUGAUAGAGAAAAUGGAUGCAGGCCCUGGUCUUCCACCAGUUGUGAAGGUGAUCCCACCAAAAGGAGUGUCCCAAGAUCUCAUAACAAAGGCCCUGAGCAACAAGCACCUCAUGUCCAAGAUUUUGGCCCAGAAGGGCUCUAGCCGCACUGUGAUCGUUCUUCAUCCAGGUAUCCUGCAGGGAGCCCCUACCAUGAAUCCUGCAUCUCAGAGGCUUGAUGGAGAUGCUGCUAAGAAUCUCUUCCUGCAGCAAUUCCUUUCCCUCUUUGCAUGGCCUGCAUAUCUAUGUCGACAGAACCCAAUGCUAGAAAUUUUUGAAGUGGAGAAGAGAAGGAAACCUGGCCACAUUACACGUGGUGAUCUCUUAGAGGGUUUGGGACCACUCAUUGAAAGGAUGGAUCAGGCCCAACAGGGUAGCCGGUCCCACAAGAUACAUGUACUGAGCACAGCAGUGCCCAAGUUCAAGAGAGCAAUGUUGGAAAGUGAUGCACAAGGUCAGUCAGAGGACAGAGACUGUCCCCCCAAGAAGAGGAUACGCAUAUCGACACCUGCCACACGAGUACGAGAGUCUCGCCGCCUGAAAGCAAAAAACCAGGUCAAGAUGCUACCCGAGGGGUCUCGUUCUCCCCUCCUCGACUCUGAAGAGGUGGAGCCUCAGAUCUCUGACAUGAACUUGGAUCCAUUCUCUUGAAAAUCCACAAUAAUUCUGUGAGAUUGUCAAAGAUGUGAUGCGUUCUCUGUUUCUACCUUCUGCAUUUAUUUUUGGGGUGUUACCUCCUCUUGAAAAGCAUGGAGUAUUUGGUUUAAAUGCCU